AUGGAGCUGAGCAGGAGGAAAGUGCCUCUGUAUGGCCAGGCGAAAGUUUUCGCAUUGCUGGAGGGUUUAGACUCGGUGCCGGAGGAUGCAGAGGUCUAUGUUGUUUUGGAGGGAUCCACACUGGUCCAUGUCGCCAGGGCCCAGAGUGAUGUCAUGCUCUGCUUUAUUGUGCCCGGCCAUAACCUGGCAGAGAUGGUCUCUGUCCAGGCCUACCUGUGCUCUGAAACCACACCUCUCACCUGGGUGGGCGGAGCUUCACUGGAGUAUGUCCAAGAUGAUGCUCAGGACCUGGCAGAGCACCUGGUGAUCCACGGACAUCAUCUGACCUCCACGGAUCACAAGGAGCUGAGCAGCCUCUUCAACCUGGGCCAGGAGAGCUCUCGCUGGGCUAUGGAUCGUCGCGUGGCGCUGGCCAUGGCCAACCUGAAUAUCCCCCAAAACUGGAAUGUACUGGGGAGCCACUGCGGAGACGAGCACAGUCGCAGGGAGUCUCCCCUCCACCUGGCUGUGCGAUGGGGUCUGCACCGGCUGGCGGAGCUGCUGCUUUGUCAGCCGGGGGGUCUGAUGGCCGUCAGGCUGCCAAAUGAAGAGGGAGUCACGCCGCUGCAGCUGGCACAGACAGCAGGCAACGCCGAGCUCCUGGAGCUGCUCACUCACCCACCAAACCCUCUGGCCACCCCUCCAGCAGGUCUGUCCCAGGUGUGGGCAGACCAGUCCCGCUUGUUGAGGUUCUGCCACGAUACGGGGAACCUGACUCUAACCGUCCGACAAAACCUGAGGUGGAGCUCGGAGGAAGGCCGGCACGCUGACAUCCUGCUUCUCAGAGACCGGCUCAGAGACGAGGACUUCCUCAGAGAGAUCAAAGCACUGAGGAGGGAACGUGUGGAGACCAUCUUAGAGAAGGAAGAACUGGUGGAUGAUCCUAUGGAGAACGCACUGUAUUCUGAUAUCAAUGGAAGAACCUCUGCUGUGGAAGAAAAUGACUAUGAGGAGCCGCUGAUGUUUUGCCUGAAUGAGGAGGACGAAGAGGACGAUCCGCUGCAGCCUGACUCUGAGAAAAGCCAGUCCAUAAGGGAGAGCCAGGCCUCGUCCCCGACUCUGGCUGCAGCUGCCAGGCUGUCGGCGAUGAUACAUGGCAAAGACCGCGUGUAUGCCAACACUAUGCUGGUGGACCAGGUGGAUGACGCUGACAUUAAAUACCGCUCUCCAGGGGAGGAGGAGGAGGUGAGCUCUGCGCCCCGUGUUGGCAGCCCACGCUGGGACUCCUUCUCCAUGACACCCCCUGAUUCAAGGAGCCGCUCCCAGAACCAGCACCCAUCCUCACCACGUACAGGCCCCGGCCCGCAGAGUCAGAGGGAGCCAUCCCCUCGCGUCUCUCCCCCCUCUCCCUUUGCUUCCUCCCCGUCUUUUCCUUCCUCCCCGCUGGCUUCCCCCUUCCGCUUGUUCGAGGGAGCACAGAGGCGUCUGGCGCAGCCGUGCCUGCCAGUUUCUCCUGCUUUGAAUCGCAGAGGAUGCAGCUUGACGGAGGCGAGCCGGGGCCUGAGUCCUAGUCUUGAGUGUGACAGUGGAGAAGAGGACCUACUGGGACAUUCGUACCCCUGCUCGUCUUCAAAGCAGCAGUCCAUCCUGCAGUCCAGCUCAGGAGAGGAGAGGGACUCUUUCGACACCUCACCAGACUUUAACAGCACACACUCUGACAGCACGCAACAGUCCACCAAGAACCCAGAGGAGGCCGAGGUUCGACUGCGCUCCUACUCCUACUCCUCCCCCAAGGCGAAGCAGUCACGGCCGCUGCUAAAUCGAGACGCAACCAUCGGUGACCUGGCAGAAGAUGGUGAAUUCAGCAGCAGCCGUUCUGUACUUCAAGCUUUAUCUCUCUCUAAAUCCCUCUCUCGUCUCAACCAAGUCAAGCAGAGAGCAUUCAGCUUGACUGAGACUCCCAGAGAAAAGAGGGUUUUGGGUUUCCGUAAGCGGGCCCAGUCAGCAGAGGAGGAGAGCAGCGCUUCGCUCCAACAUCUCACCCUCACAGAGUUCCUCAAAGAGAUCGAGGAUGAGGAGUGGGACAAAUACAUAAUCCCGUCUAAGGUCGAGUCGGAGAAGUACAAAGUCAGCCGGACCUUCAGCUUCCUCAAGAGCAGGAUGUCCAGCACUCGCAACAAAACCAAGGUGAAGGGGAAGGAGGUGAAGGAGGGAAAGGAGGGGAAGGACAAGUCAGGAGCCACUAAUGGACACCAGUUUGUUCCUGUGUCUCCAUCUGGCCCUGCUCUCUGUGUGGCCUGCGAUAAGUCUGUUUCUGGGAAAGAGCUGCUGCAGUGCUCCAACUGUUACCUGAAUGUCCAUAAAAACUGCAGAGAGGCUGUCGCAGCCUGUGGAAAGAAGCUGCAGGAGAGGAAUGCGGUGCUGAUGAAAAGCAAGACCUUGUCUCUCCCACAGAACUCUGUGAAAGACAGCUCCCCAGCCUCCAUGUUCUCCUCUUCCUCUUCACUUCCCACAAUGACCAGAGAGAAGAGAGAAACAGUCGCUCCGCUCCCCAAAAGCCUCUCCAUCUCUAUAGACAGCAGACGGCUGAGUGAUGCAGCAGGGGUGGACAGUGAGUGCAGUGUGACAGCUUGCACCAACAGCUCGUUGUCUGAUGAGGGAACACCGGUCACAGCGACUCCCCCGUCGGCCGAGCCGCCAAUCACCGUGCAGGAUACAGUUGACGCCUCUCUACUGAGCGACCUGUCAGCUGACCUGCUGGGACUUGAGGUGGAGUCGUGGAGUCUGGCGGUCAGUCUGGAGUUUUGCAGGCAGCACGACAGGGGCACCGUUAAACGACAGGAUGUUAUUUAUGAGCUGAUGCAGACAGAGCUGCACCACAUCCAAGCCCUGACGGUCAUGUCGGAGGUGUUCAGGAGAGGCAUGGUGGAGGAGCUACAGCUGGACUGGGACUGUGUGGCCCGGAUCUUCCCCUGCUUGGACCCCCUGCUGCUCUUUCACAGAAACCUGUUUGGAGCGCUGCAGGAGCGCCGACAGGCUGCAACCCAACCUGAGAACCCCCGAAAUUACCUCAUCCGUCAGAUCGGAGAUGUACUGCUUCAGCAGUUCUCAGAUGAAAAUGCUGAGAAGAUGAAGCAGGUGUACGGAGAAUUCUGCAGCCAUCACACAGAGGCAGUCAGUGUCUUCAAAGAGCUGCAGCAACAAAACAAAAAACUCCAAAACUUUGUCAAACAACAGAGCAAUAACUCUCUGGUCAGACGGAGAGAAGUGCCUGAAUUCAUCCUGCUGGUCACUCAACGCAUCACCAAGUACCCAGUGCUGCUGGAGAGGAUAUUACAGUACACUCAGGAGGGAAGCCAGGAACACACUGACCUGUCAAGUGCCCUGGCUCAGAUCCGCGACAUCAUCACCACAGUGGACUUGACUGUGAGUAAGUACGAGAAGUGUCAGGAGCUGCAGGAAGUGCUGGCUCGGCUGGAGAACAAAAGCUUCGCCAAGCUAAAGAACGGCAAGGUGUUUCGCAAACAGGACCUGCAUAGCAAACACAGGGAUCUGCAGCACAAGGGGCUGGUCUUCUGGAAGACUGCCACGGGACGUCUCAAAGACACCUUGGCCCUCCUGCUCACAGACGUUCUAGUUUUCCUACAAGAGAAAGACCAGCGCUUCAUAUUUGCCGCGGUGGACCAGAAACCUCCUGUAAUCCCUCUGCAGAAGCUCAUUGUUAGAGAAGUAGCCAAUGAGGAGAGAGGGAUGUUCCUUAUCUCCGCCUCCUCAGUGGGGCCGGAGAUGUAUGAAGUUCACACCACCACCCGAGAUGAGAGGAAUGCGUGGAUGAAGCACAUACGACAAGCUGUAGAGAGUUGUCCUGAGGAGGAGGAGGAGGAGGAGCGAAGUGCUGAGACAGAGGAGGCCAGGCGAGUGGCUGAAGUGAGGGUUCAGAAGAUCACCAAAUUCCAAGAGGCGUUGUUGGGUCAGGACCAGCGAAUCUGCAACAGCCUGGAGGAGAAGUUACAGCUUUAUGCCGAGCUCACGGAGUUAACCCUCCGCUCGCCAGAACCUGUGCCACAUCGCCACCUGCUGGUACAACCGGACGUCGACAGUGAGACACCACGACAGGCCUCCUCACUGCUCAAAGCUGCACUCAGAGAAGCAGAGAACCUGAUGACCAUUCUGCAGGCACGUGAUGGCCUUUCAGUUCAAAGUCAGAGUUCUCCGGUCCUCGGACCGGAGGGCUGCAACUACAACAGCCACGGCAGCAGCAUCCAGGAGUCUCCCACUGAACCGGAUUAUCUGAGCACACUCAGUAUGAGCUCCACCUCUCUUGGAUCAGACAGCGAGCUGACGGGGCUGGACGGCGUGCUUUGGAGCUCUGCUAUCGAGCUGCGAAGAGGAGACACCAAAGGGACGUUGUUAAAGGUGGCAGAGAGCGUCCAGAGUCUGACUCAGCUUCUCUAUAGUCUGCAGGCUGCUGUAACCCUGCAGGACAGCUGCCAUGAAGUCCAGAAGCUCCUUCUCCAGGAGGGAGAAAGACCUCAGCUCCGGACCCUCACUUCCAUCCAAAGCAGUCUGGAGCAGGAGAAGCAGAGGAGCAUGGAUAAGAAGAAAGAGGAAGUAGAAAAGAAGGGUUUAGAGAGGAAGAAAGAAGAGGUGGUUGAGGUGCAGAAGCUUCAUGUGAAGCUGAAACAGGAGCAGCAACGCUGGGACAAAGAGUGUUUGGCCAGAGAGAAACAACAGAGUGAGCAGGAGAGUGUGCUGGAGCAGCGGGAGCAGCAGUGCCUUCUGGAGGCCGAGCGUCUGCGCUGCGAGCGCGAGGAGCUGGAGGCUCAGCUGCUGGAGUAUCAUCAAAAUCUGGAUCGACUGAGGGAGGGCCAAAGGAGUGUGGAGAGGGAGAAGGAGAAGAUUGAAGCCCAGCAGAGGCUGCUGCAGAGCUGGAGACACAGCCGCCAGAGCAGCCUGCCUGUUACGAUACCACUGGAUGGAUACAAGGUGUCCAGCCAUAGCCGCUCAAGCAGCCUGGAUGGUAACUGCUCAGUGUACGAAAACGAAGCAGCUUUACUGGCUUCCCUGCAGCAGAACCACCUCCACCAGCCCGCCAACAACAACCAGCACCAGCGCCUGCUCUCUGCGCCGAGGAAGAACCACGACGGCCCUCUGCACAGCUCCGGCUACACCGCUAACCUCGGCCUCAGUGCCAGCCUCUACAACAGCCUGAACACCCUGCUGAGCCAGGCACACAGCAAACACCCUCCGGAUGGUCUCACAUACCCAAACUGCAGUAACAACCACGGCUGCCCCCGGCCUCUGACUGACUCCAUCCACCCCUUCAGCAGCAGGGUCACUGCACAGCCACAAAGGACCAACAACACAGACUUCAGCCCGCCGUUGGACAGGCGAUCCCUGGGUCCCUGGAGGUCAGAGGUCACAGGACUCUAUGAGGACGACUACUCCUCGUCCCCCUCUCUUACCCCCCUCCUUCCCCCGCAGGCUUACCUCUCACUCGAAGGACAGAACGGGGAGGAGGCCGGCGAGGAGAACAUUGUUUAUCUCUGAGAAUCAUCGGAGAGAAACGAGCAGUGCAGCCUGCUGCCUGACUUACAACUGGACUGACAGGAAUAUAUCUGUUGCUAAUAUGUGUUUUGUGUACGUGUGCGUUUGCACCCAUCUAAGUGCGAUGGAUUUAAAUUGACUUUUUAGAAAAAACCUGGCUGUUCAAAUAAGGGAAUAGUUGCACAGAGGAAGUAUACACAGAUACUGUAUGUGUGCCUUUAUCAGUGUACGUGGCGGCUGUUAAUCGCUCUCUUCCUGCGUGAUAAAACCACCGUGCCUUUUAGCGAACAAGUUCUUUGUAAAUCAGCUUUUAUACUUGUACCCCCCCCAUGUUUUUACUUCUACUGUAAUUCUGUUUAGUAUCUGUUGCACUUGUUUGAUGGCAGAGGUACCUUUGUGCCCCGAACACUGGGACCGAAAGUAAAUCAGGACAGAAGUGUUGCUGUUAUUUUCCUAUGAGCACUUACAAGUAAAUGGAAAUAUUUGAGAAGCCAAUUUAGCCCUUCCCCAAACUAUGUAUAGAGUGCGAUUACUUCUCCAUGUGAUCUUUAAGAAUAUUUAUAAGGGAUUGUGAGUAUCUAAAAAAACAUAGAAAUAUACUGACAUUAUUGUAUAAAUAUUAAAUAUAUGUAUAGUUUUAUGGAAAGGCUACCUAUGCACACUAUGUUGGAAGAGGAACUUAAAUUCUUAUUAUUUUUUUCUCACUUAAGUGCCAAAAAUCUUGCUAUCUGAUACUCCAAGUGAUUUCUGUACAGAAUGGCUGUAUGUUUUCUGUUCCUCCUUCUCUGAUAAUUUAUUGUGUGUAAAUUGCUUCAUGCACUGUCCACAUCAAUGAUAUUUGGUUUGAUAUGUGUUCUCUUGUAAUCUCUGUAAUCAGAACUGUGAUGUGCCAUGUUGA